CAAGCUACUAUCCGAUCUUUUAUCGAAUAGAAUCUAAAACCGACGAUAUUUCGAUGUAAUACAAGAAGAGAUCGCGUGCAAGACAGACAACAUGGCUGCCUCCAUCCGAAACAGCGAAGAAGAAAUUCCAGCAAAAAAGAUCAAACUAACAAAUGAAGAAGGCCAAGAGGAUAACAGCGAUCUUCACACUUUUCGCGGUUUUCAGCUCAUCAAAGUCUUGAACGAAAAUGCUCAAGCCAAGACUGUUGCUGUGCAUGGUGAUAUGUGGGUGUACAACAUUUUAGAAAAGAAAGCUGAAGUGGAGCGUGUUGUGUUUGAAGACAGUGAUCCUGUGACAGGCUUUGUGUUGUUACCAGAUCUGAAAUGGAAUCAGAAGCAGAUGGAGAAUAUGUAUCUUGUGGCUAUUUGCCAUGCGAGAGGAAUCAAAUCUCUCAGAGAUCUCAGUCAGUCACAUCUCCCUCUCUUGAAGAACAUCCUGCUAAAAGGACAGGAAGCCAUUAAGGAAAAGUACGAUGUCCCUUCAGACCAGCUUCGGAUUUAUGUGCAUUAUCAACCCUCCUAUUAUCAUUUUCAUGUUCAUUUCACCCAUCUGAAGUACGAUGCUCCCGGCUGUGGUAUUGGCAGGGCUCACCUUCUACCAGAAGUGAUUGAUAACAUAGAGAACAUUGAUUCAGAGUAUUACGUCAAGAAAACCUUUUCGUGUCUCUUAAAAGAAAAUGACAAACUCUAUAAAAGGUUUCAGUCAGUAAAACAAGACAAAGCUAUUCAGGGUGAGGAUAAUUGAUCGUUUUUGUCAUAAAACAUGUACAUUGCUCUGUCAGCAUCAUCAUUUCUUCUCACACAAGUAGAUGCAUAAGGCCUCCACGCUGGUUGACUAUGCUCUUCUGUCCCUGGCUGCUGCCUUCGCUGCAUUCCAACUGCUCCAGUCUGCCGUGUCUUGCUCCUUUUCCGUGGUCCUAAAUUUAAAGAGAAACCGUUCUCAUCGCUUCCAGCUACUGACCGCCGCUUGCUUGCUAAAACACGGAUAAUACAAGCUAUAUUCUAAGUAUCAAUUAUUUUAAUUAACGACUUAAAUAAAAGUAAAGUUCAGUUAGGCUGAGCUAGUAAGGCCGAAACAUGCGCGCGCGGUAUUACAAAAGUUUAGUCAAAGCUGUUGACGUGCUCUUGAAAUUUACUGACCCACCCCCGAAUGGUUUGUCUUUGUUUUCCCAAGUAGGUUACCCUUAGGGAAAAUAUGCAUCAGUGACAAUUUGCCGACUAAAUCCGAUAUGACCCGAGUAUAAUUUCGUGAAACCGGACGAAAAAUCCCUAAGGAACAGACAACAAAAGGCUCAUUGUCUUAAAAAAAUUAAACAUAAACAAUAGGCAAAGCUUGAUACGCUUGGGGGAUAUUCUUCAGUCCGGGGGACUCUAAACUAAACUCUGAUGGCCUUAGUUUUCGCUGAAUGUGACAGAGCAAAACUUUCUAAACACUCACUUUUGAGCUUCUGGGCCGAAAAAUAGCCCCACUUCACUUAAAGACUGAAAGAGUAGCCGAGACCGUCUUGCGCAAAUCGUGAUUUACACCAACUUCGGUUCGGUUUCCCGGAACUUGGGGGAUAUAUUGCAUAUCCGCGGGCUCUAAACUAACUCCUGACGGCCUUGGUUUUCAGUGAAAUGGACAAAGGAAAGCUUUUUGAACACUCUCUUUGUAGCUUCUGGGCCG